GGACGCCGGCGUCCUGCGGCGGAAACACGCGGGGGCACAGCCAGGGCCUCCGCCCUUUGCCCGAGAAAGGCACGCCCCAGGGUCUGGGAGCAUCGUUCUCAGUAAAGUACAAGUUCUUCUUUGAUGAUGCCCCAGAAAGACUCUCCCGCCCCUCCCCUGUUCCCCAAGGGCAGGGCUGGACCGAACUGCAGAGCUGAACGGACACUGGGUCAAGUGACGCCAGGACUGACCGCACCCCGACCCUCGGCCGCCCGGGGUCGCUGGUGCACGGCGCCUGCGCGCGCCUCCCCGAGGAGUUCGCGGCGAGGGGCGGGGCUCUGCGCGCACGUGACUCCGUCUCCAGGCACCGGGAAUAACAGAUCCCAGCUGAGAGCGCCUGCGCGGCCGUCGGCCUAGUGGGAGGUCAGAGCUGGGAAACUGGGGCCUGGGGUUUCCCCUGAGCAGGAGCUGUGCCCGAGGGCCUGAGGCGUCCGUCCAGGCCCUGAAUGGCUGGUCUCCAGUUGGCCUCACAUCUGCCUGUGGGCGUUAUGCUCCCACAUAACACAACAGAAGCUCCAGGGCCCCACUCAGCGGAGGAGCAGGACUCUUACGAACAAGGUGACUCUUCCCAGCAGUCCCUGAAGGGGCACCUGAGGAACAGUUUCCAGAAGAAGCUUUUGAGCAACAAAGAGUUGACGCUGGACAAAGUCUACCCUCACCCCAAAUGGAACACCCGCACAAAAGCGCGGAGCUACUCCUAUCCCCGCUAUACCGGCAUCAGCCAGCAAGAUCCAGGAAGUGAUUCCCAGGGCCAAGGAAAGUGUUCGUUUGACUCGUCAGGCCCUCAAUCCUGGUAUCCCAAAGCCAAUAACCAGGACUUUAUCCCCUUUACAAAGAAACGAGUUGGGGUGGACCGGGCGUACCCACUGAAACCUGUGGUGCAUCGGAAGUCGUGCAGUAUGGGUGAGGCUGGCACGGAUGGGGACCAGAAUGCCUACCCAAGGCCCCCUGAGCUGAGAGAGUUUUCGUCCAGCAACCCUGGUAUGAGGGACCAGGUCGGCUUUGCUGUGGUUGGUACUGUCCGUGCUGCGGUGCAGGAGAGGGCCGCGGGAAACUUCCAGAGGACUGAGCGGGUGCACAUCCGAAGACUAGAAGCUGCAGGGGAGAACUUAGAGGAGGAAAUCCGGAGGAAGCAGAUUCUUCUGAGGGGAAAGCUGAAGAAGACAGAGGAGGAACUCAGAAGGAUCCAGAAACAAAAGGCACAGGCCAAGGAAAACGAAAACAGAGAGCUGCAGAAAAUUACACUACCCAGGAGAAGAGUUAAAGGUGAUAAUAGCAACACCACGUACAAACCUAUCUUCUCCCCAGACUCUGAGUUUGAGGAAGAAUUCGGUAGAGACAGGAGACAGGGUGAAGCUUGGGGAUGGUCUCAACAAAAUUUGAGUCCAUUCCAGCUCUCUGAUUAUAAAAUCCAGAGGCUCAAAAGGGAAAGGCUGGUGGCAAGCAAUAACAAAAUGCGAGACCGAGUCCCAGAGCCGUCGAUGGAGAAGUUCUCUCCGCCUUCAGAAACACCAGGCGGUUCUUUGCAGGGAUCCGCCAGAAAUUCCAGCCUGUCCACGGCACCAGACUCCUCAGGUUCCGGCGGCUCCGUUGAAGAGCCCCAACUGGGCGAGUGCAGCCACUGUGGGCGCAAAUUCCUCCUGCUCAGGCUGGAGAGACACUCCACCGUCUGCAGCAGGAUGCGGGAGUCCAAGAGGAAAGUGUUUGACUCCUCCAGGGCCCGGGCUAAGGGCACAGAACUAGAGCAGUACUUGAACUGGAAGCGGCCAGCUUCAGCCAAGGCUGAACCUCCUCGGAAGAGCAACUGGAGACAGAAGCACGAAUAUUUUAUCCGUACCCUCCGCCAGGCUCGAGAGGUCCAGCAGGUAAUUGCCAAAGGUGGAAACCCUUCAGACUUGCCUCCCAUCCUGCCUUCAGAAAACCCAGACUACAUUCAGUGUCCUCACUGUAGCCGCCACUUUGCUCCCAAGGUGGCUGAGCAACACAUUCCCAAGUGUAAGACCAUCAAGAAUCGCCCUCUACCUCCAAGGAAGCAUUGUAGUUGAGCAGACGACAGUGGAAACUUUUGGAUAGUUCAGAAAGCUCUGCUUUUCUUCAGGAGCAAAUGGGAGUAGAAUUUGAUACAAAGCAGAAAGAAACGAAACAGCUCCCAGAUCUGCCUGCAGAGCUAAAAUCUGAGGAGAGAGCCACUGCUAAGCAGCAGGAGGCAGAAGGAAGCCCCAGCUUCCCACUAAAUUACAACCUCGGGCUGGUAUGCUUUAUGUUAUUGCACUCAGAAUUGAUGGGUGAAGACACUGAAGAGUUGGGAGCAGGCUCCAUUAAAGCUCUCUUCUUGCAUGCAUGA